CUUUUGUUUCUGUUCCUGCAUGAAUCAAAUUCAUCUGAGACUUAUGUUUGAAAUGGGUGUGUUUAAGACCCAAUUGCAGCACAGCAGACACACAGGUACAGUUGGUAAUGACUUUAAUGUAGUUUGCAGCAGGCACAGGAAAAUGCAGAGGAAAUGUCCAGCAGGUGAAAAUCCACAUAGCAUAGACACUGAAACCAGUGUGGCAAACCAACAAGAGUCUCUGUUCAACAGGGAGUCACAGGUUGGAUCAAAGAAACUCGCACUGUUGCGACAAGGCAGGCAAUCUCCACACAGCCACAGGAACAGGCAGACUGAAACCAGGAGGGCAAAAGCAGAACUCGUGGUCGGGGACAAAGGGCUGAGGAAAUUACCGGGAUUCAGGCAAGUCUGAUUGAAAGCAGGUGAGUGGAGUUGCCUUGAUGAGAUGGGUGUGGCUGGCAGUCAGAGUGGAGCAGAGGUGGAAUGGAAAAGUACUGCAUGAGUUCCAGCCUCUACGUCAGGUCAGAGCUCUUGUUCCUCUCCAGCAUGGUUCAGAAGGUGGCAGUGAUCGGCGCAGGGAUUUCUGGUCUGACCAGCAUCAAGGCCUGUGUGGAUGAAGGUCUGGAGCCCACCUGCUUUGAGAGCAGCCAUGAUAUUGGGGGUCUUUGGAGAUUUAAGGAGAAGCCAGAGCCUGGGCGUGCCAACAUCUAUCAGUCGGUGAUUGUCAACAGCUCCAAAGAGAUGAUGUCUCUCAGCGACUUCCCUCCUCCAGCUGAGCUCCCCAACAACAUGCACCACUCUCAGGUGCUGCUGUAUUUUCGCCUCUACGCUCAAGCUUUCAAACUGCUGGAGCACAUACACUUUGAGACUAGCGUCGUCAGCGUGAGGCAGACCCUGGAUUUUGAGGUGACAGGCCAGUGGGAGGUGGAGACACAGAGGAGAGACGGUCAGAGGAAGACUCAUGUUUUUGAUGCAGUGAUGGUUUGUACCGGACACUUCACCCGGCCUCACCUGCCUCUCAGAGACUUCCCAGGUAUUGAGAGCUUUGAAGGCAGAUAUUUCCACAGCUGGGAUUAUCGCAACGCUGAGGGUCUGCAGGGGAAACGAGUGGUGGUGAUAGGGAUUGGAAACAGUGGAGGUGAUAUUGCUGUGGAUGUCAGUAGAGUUGCUGAGGAGGUGUAUCUCAGCACCAGGAGCGGAGCAUGGGUUGUCAGCCGUUUGGGACCGGGAGGGAUCCCAAAUGACCUUAUUGGGACUUCACGAAUGGAUAUGAUGAUGUACAAGCUCUUCCCCUCGUGGAUCAACAGGAUGGUGGAGAAGGGGCUGGAAAAGGCUUUGGACCACAGACUAUAUGGGCUGAAACCAAAAAAUGGGUUUUUUGAACGAAACCCUGUUGUGAAUGACGACCUGCCCGGUCGGAUCAUCUCAGGUCGUGUUCAGGUGAAACUAAAUGUGAAGGAGUUCCGUGGGUCCAGCGUGGUCUUUGUCAAUGGGAGCAUCAUAGACAAGGUGGAUGUAGUGGUGUUUGCCACAGGCUACAACUACAGCUUCCCCUUCCUGCCUCCAGCUCUGCAGGCUAAAUCUGGAUACAGGCUGCGUCUCUACAAGCACGUGUUCCCUCCUGCACUGACCCAGCCUACGCUGGCUGUGGUGGGUUUCAUCCACGCUCUCGGGGCAAUAAACCCUGUGGCUGAGUUACAAGCACGCUGGGCUACAAGAGUGUUUAAAGGCUUAUCAACCCUCCCCUCAGAGGAGACCAUGGUGAAGGAAAUUGAAAAGGACUCAGUGACGAUGCAUCAGAAAUAUAUGUGCUCGGAGCUGAACCCUCUCCAGGUGGACUACACCCCCUACCGGGACUUUCUGGCAGAGCAGAUAGGGGUCCGACCGAACAUACUGUGGCUCUUCCUGAAGGACCCCAGACUGGCACUGCAGGUUUUGCUGGGUCCCUGUACUCCUUAUCAGUACCGUCUGACUGGACCGGGUCAGUGGGCUGGAGCCCGUCAGGCCAUUCUCACUCAGUGGGAGCGGGUGUUUCAGCCAUUCAGGACUAGAGUGGUACCAAACCCAGAGACCAGACGCUCCUCCAGACGAAGUGUGAUGUUUUUCUUCUCAGGUGCUGCUCUGCUGUGCUGCCUCUGCUACAACAAACACUCCAUUUCCUCUUUCUUCCGUCUUCCUGCAUUCUUCAGAGCUCCUCAGUGAGCUGAUUGCGUUAAUGAUAACAUGAUGACGGAGGCAGCAGUGAAGCAGCACACUACUGUACAACACUUUCUAUCUCUAAGUGCUGAAGGCACACUGCACUAAUUUGACAAUUAGAAAUAAAGUCUUUAUUAUUUUUAUAAUUAGCUUUCUGGCCACCCACUGAGGGUCUGUACAAACCCAGCCCAGUCGCCAGAAUAAAAUGCUGGCAUUGUGCAUUUCUGCAAAUCACAGAUAUGUCACAUUUGUGCAUUUCAUAUCAUAUCAACAAUUCUCAAGUGACUUAGAUUGCAUGUAUAUGAGCCUUCUCAUUAGGUAGAGGAGGGGAUGGUGGAUGGCUUGAUGUUUAGCUAAGAUGGCUGCCAACAGCUGACAGCAGCAGACCAGCAUUGGAGACUGAUAAAAUGGGUGUUUUUUCAAAUAGAGCUCGGGAAAUAUCCAGCCACAUUUGUAGUGUCCAAACCGAGUAUUUUUUAGCAAGAGUUCUGGACGUGUCACACUGUGUUUGUAGCAACCAAACGGAGUAUUUUUAACAAGAGUUCACUGUGUUUGUAGAGAGGGAACCAGGUAUUUUAUGAUGAUAUAAUUUAAGUUAAGGUCAUGUCCAGCUGUAUUUGGAGUGACAAAAGUUUGCCAUGUUUGUAGCAACAAAAUCAGGUAUUUUCUCACAAGCAUUAGAGGUAUUUGUAGCGACUGAACUGGAUAUUUCGGACAUGUCCAGCCAUGUUUGGCAAGAGACUUUCCCAUGUUUGUGGCAACCAAACCAGGUAUUUUAAGUCAAAACAUGUUUUCCUAAUCCUGGCCGGGUGUUUCUGUGCCUGAACCUAACUACACAUUCACCACAGUGUUGUCACAACAUCAAAUUAAAGAUGUAACAGGUUUGCAGAACCAUAGACCUACAAAGCCAGCAUUUAUUCUGCCAGUGGAGUUGAAGAAACACAAUGUAACUUUGGCGGCUGUACAUUUGAAAUCAUUCUGCAGAAUUAAUCUGUCUACUGGUGACAAGUGACGGUAUAUGUGACGACAUUUUAGUCUUUCCUGCUAAUGUUAUUGUUAUCAGACCCGUUGACUCAAUGUUGGGUUUCAUGCUAGUUGAUUUUGGCCUACAGGAACGCCUUCCUGAGAGGUUCUAUUGCUUCAUGUGAUUGCAGGAGAGUUUUUAUAUGAUAAGGAAUUGAUCUGAAUGCGCAGAAACAAACUAAUAAACUGGAUAAAAUGAAAGUUGCUGUGUCAUGCUAAAAGAAGUCGUCUUCCACAAACUUUCAGUUUCAAGCCAUUACUUCUCCAUCACAUCAAAAUAUCACACUUUCAUGUUAGAAAUGAAACAAAAACGGUAUAUUGUUGCAGUGAUUCACCCUUACCGUUUUGCCUUGGAAAAUCUGAUUCUACACAAUAAAAUGCAAAACAAAUGCAAGGAAUAUUUACACAGCAUCAUUUCAGUUACUUCAAAUAUAUUGUGAAUUGUUGCUAUUUGUUUAAUCUAGCCUAAAUAUGAGGAAAUAGCCAUGUCAUACUAUAACUGAGAAUUAGCCACGACUGGGUGUCCAAGAGAUCCCAUUUUUUUUCAACACCGCUAUUGGAAUACACUGCACUUUUAGACUUUUACCUUCAUGUCAGAUUAAAAUCAGUUGUCCUUUCACCUGGUCUGCAGAAGUGAAUAAACCCGACUGGGCGAUAAGCUAUCAUCAAUCUUUUCAGAUAAGAACCUGCAGAUGGGCUAAAGGACAAAGCAGAUAUUUGCUCCCUUUUACCUCUUUUCCACCAAAAUUAGCACAUGUACGCAAGUUUUUUAAACACAAGUAAACCUGCCAG